AUAAGCAGCUGGACCAACCACGGAACGCUCUGAUUGGCCAAGGCCCAGCAAGGUUCAGGGAUAAAGCAGCAGCUCGCUCCUCCAGCACAUCAUCAUCGUCAUCACCAUGGCCUCCCUCUGGAUCGUCUCCUGCCUCGCCUUUGUCAGCGCCGCCUAUGGCUGCGGCAUCCCUGCCAUCCCCCCCCAGGUGAGCGGCUAUGCCCGCAUCGUAAACGGUGAGGAGGCGGUGCCUCACUCCUGGCCCUGGCAAGUGUCUCUGCAGCAAUCCAAUGGCUUCCAUUUCUGUGGAGGAUCUCUGAUCAACGAGAACUGGGUGGUGACCGCCGCUCACUGUAAUGUCAGGACCUACCACAAUGUGAUUGCUGGAGAGCACAAUAAGGGCUACGGCUCCUCCGAGGACAUCCAGGUUCUGAAGCCCACCAAGGUGUUCACCCACCCCCAGUGGAACCCUUACACCAUCAACAAUGACAUCGCCCUCAUCAAGCUGUCCAGCCCCGCCCGCCUCGGCACCAACGUGUCCCCCGUGUGUCUUGCCGGAACCAAUGACAACUAUGCCGCUGGAAUGACCUGUGUUACCUCUGGCUGGGGUCUGACUCGCUACAAUGCUGCCAAUACUCCCAACGAGCUGCAGCAGGCUGCCCUGCCCCUGCUGUCCAACGAGCAGUGCAAGAAGUCCUGGGGCAGCAACAUCUCUGAUGUCAUGAUCUGUGCCGGAGGAGACGGAGCCACUUCCUGCAUGGGAGACUCUGGCGGUCCCCUGGUGUGUCAGAACAAUGGCGCCUGGACUCUGGUCGGUAUUGUCUCCUGGGGAAGCAGCACUUGCUCCACCUCCAUUCCUGCCGUCUACGCCCGUGUCACCGAGCUCCGUGGUUGGGUCGACCAGAUCCUCGCUGCCAACGUGGAAAACUCACUGUCAGCUCCACCUGUCCAAACUCCCACCCUCUCUGAUAACAUGUCCCGUCCUGUCUCGUCCAAUCACGUUGCUCCCCGGCAGUAUAAAAGCUCCAAGCUCGCACAGACCCAACAUGAUCGAGCCAUGGCCUUCCUGUGGAUCCUCUCCUGCCUCGCCUUCGUCGGCGCCGUCUACGGCUGCGGCACUCCCGCCAUCAGUCCCGUCAUCACAGGUUACUCUCGUAUUGUGAAUGGUGAGGAGGCGGUGCCUCACUCCUGGCCCUGGCAGGUGUCCCUGCAGGAUUACACUGGCUUCCACUUCUGUGGCGGCUCUCUCAUCAAUGAGAACUGGGUGGUGACAGCCGCUCACUGCAACGUCAGGACGUCCCACCGUGUGAUCCUCGGAGAACACGACCGCUCCUCCAACGCUGAGGCCAUCCAGGUCAUGAAGGUCGGAAAGGUGUUCAAGCACCCCAACUACAACAGCUAUACCAUCAACAACGAUAUCCUGCUCAUCAAGCUGGCCAGCCCCGCUCAGAUGGGCAUGCGUGUUUCCCCAGUGUGUGUGGCUGAGACCGCUGACUACUUCCCCGGAGGCAUGAGGUGUGUGACCAGCGGCUGGGGCCUGACCCGCUACAACGCCCCUGACACCCCCGCCCUGCUGCAGCAGGCCUCCCUCCCCCUGCUGACCAAUGAGCAGUGCCGUCAGUACUGGGGCAGCAAGAUCAGCAACCUGAUGAUCUGCGCUGGAGCCUCCGGAGCCUCCUCCUGCAUGGGCGACUCUGGUGGUCCUCUGGUCUGUGAGAAGGCCGGAGCCUGGACUCUGGUCGGUAUCGUGUCCUGGGGCAGUGGAACCUGCACUCCCACCAUGCCUGGCGUGUACGCCCGCGUCACCGAGCUCCGCGCCUGGAUGGAUCAGAUCAUCGCUGCCAACUGAGCAUGUCCGACAGGACAGCUUCCAGUUUGAAGCUGAUUGUCAAUAAAACACAGAAACUGAAGCAGA